GUCUUUUGCCCCGAUCGUUUGGGCUACGGGCCUCCUACAACUUUUAAUAAAUUACUCAGUUUAUUUUUCUCUCGUUUGCAUAAACAUCGUUUGUCAAUCUUGUUUGGUUUUUUCUUUCGAAAACAUUUCACGAUCGUUGGAACGAAAACUUGAAGUACUUUCGCGAAAAAGGGUUGGCUUAGUUGAAAAAGUUUACCCACAAAAUAACCGGAAUUCCCACGCGUUGGCACCUCACAAGAGGCCAAGAAAUAUAUCCAAAUUAAACACCGAUCAUUCAAGUGCAUUUUUGAAACCGGAACUGUUCAACAUUAGUUUGUAUUCUAAGGAAAACAUUCUGGCCCCUCGACAUUGGCCAGCAGGCCAAAUACAAUCAACCUGUUCUUCUACUGAUGGAUAUUCAGAAAUCGACCUAACUCAGCUCCUAAGACUAUCGAUGAUUCAGGACGAGAUCAACAACUUCUUCUGGUUCUGCACAUUGAUUUACUCAGCAGCUUUCGUGUUGUUUAGCGCUGGCGUAGGAUUUCUUUCCGUUAUGUCGGGAUUGACUGUAAACCAAAGCUGGAGCUUCGUUCUCUACUUCGUCAUUUUGCUGAUGCCUUUGGGUCUACUUUAUCACACGGCUGACCAGCUGCACGAUCGAAAAAAUCGCGUGAUCCAGAAGUUGGCCCAUUUACAGCUGAUCGCUGCAGAUCCGAGUGAAGCUGAUCAGGCACGGCGACAGCUCGAGUUCGUGCGCAUCCAGCCAGGAGCCACAGCAGGCAGUUUUUUCGCACUCUCCAAAGCCAAACUUUUGGGGAUGAUUGGAUUCGUUGGCACUUACUUGGUGAUCUUGCUUCAAUUCAACGGCAAGGCAACAUUUUUGAAAGACCGAUUUCUGAACAACACAGCACUUCAGUACGGGCAACUCGAGGACCACAACUAA